UACUGCCAGCAUACUACGAGCCAGCCCCCGGUUGGUUAGAUGAGCAUACAAUUAUCGGACCCAGUGGAAUAUACCUUGGAGGAGGUUUGGGUGUACUUCGUCUAUUCUGCGCUGAUGUGAAUUCUGACUUAGCUAUUGCUCCUGUUGAUUAUGUGAACAACACUAUCAUAGCUGCUGCUUGGGACUCGUCAGAGAGGCGAAAAAAUGGCGAAACUGAAAUUCCUAUUUACACUAUUGCGAAAAAUUUACGAUAUGGUUUCAUUCAGGAUACGUCGUACAAGGAAAAAAAGAGGCUUUCCACUCCAAAAAUGGUGUGGAGAAGCGGUAUGCUGGAAGUGAAGAGUAGACUGCUAUAUGAUAUUCUGUCCUGGUUUCUCUUAUACAUACCAGCUUAUAUCCUGGAUUUCGCCUGCUUUGUAAGCGGAAAGAAACCACAAGGAAUUUCUUCAUUCGUGGAUCUUUACGGGAAAGUUAACAAACUAUCUGUUGUAUAUGAAUAUUUUACACGAAACGCGUUUACUUUUAGAGAAGACAACGUUGAAACUAUGAUGAGCAGAAUGAAUGAUGCUGACAGGGCUAUAUACAACUGCAAUCUAUCUGACGUUGACUUAGAAGAUUAUAUCCUAGUAUGGGGCAUUGGCCUUAGAAAAUUUAUCUUGAAAGACGGCCUCACAGGGACCAAAUUAGCUUAUAGAAAACAACAAAUAUUUGCAGUACUAGACACAAUUUUGAUGGCUUUGUAUGCUUACGUCUUAUGGUGGAUCUGUUCAUCGGGUUACUUCUUUAUCAAAUACAUAAUAUUAUUGUUUUAG